UCAUCAGCAUCCGACGCUGACAGCGGUCGAGGACGGCAUCCCGAGCCCCACCGACGCGCGGCGGCAUCGCAAGAUGAUCGGGGCCCACGGGAAGCGGGACUGACCGCGGAACAACAAGGCAAAGCCCGCAAAACAAAACAAAAAAACAAAAAAUAUGUGUGUGCUCCCACUACCUGCAUUAGGUUGUGAUGACCCACACUGCAUCCAAAUGUUUCUGUGACCCUCCCCAAACCUGACUCCUAACCUCUAACCCCUGACCUUUGACCCCCACACUAUGGGCAGUGUUGGCAGUGGGGUGGCAGGCGAGCAGGAAUUUGCAAUGAAGUCCGUUGGCACGAGGACCACGCUGCCCCGCGCCCCUCCUCUCUCACGGCGUUGCCCUGGUGACCGCAGCUGCAGCGCAGAGCGUCUGCCCCGACCCGCCGCCACUAUAUCCGACGGGACGGCCUCUAGCGACGAGCGAGGGAGCGUUAGUAUCAGCACCGGGACCUGUACCGACCGGCCGACCGAAACGGCCUCCACCACCAACACGGAAUGUACCAUGGCGGCGGCCAACAACAACAGCCAGCUGGAGUGCGGCAACGCGGCUAUCAGGAGGGAGUGGGAAAGGGAGAGGCAACGUGAACGGGGGAGAGACAGGGACCGGGACCGAGACUGGGACCGGGAGAGGUUGGAUAGGGAGCGAGAGCGUGAGAGGAACAGGGAGAGAGAGCGGGAACGGGUGGAGAGGGAGAGGCUGGAACGAGAGCGGGAGAGAGAACGGGAGAGAGCCCGGGAGAGGGAGAGGGAGAGGAUCGAGAGGGAGAAGAUCGAAAGGGAGCGGGAGCGAGAACGGGAAAGAGAGAGGGAGAGGGAACGGGAGAGGCUGGAGGGGGAACGACUGGAGAGAGAGAUGCAGGCCGCCGGUCUGGACGUGUGCGGGAACGUCGUGGGCCGAGGCGCCAACGAGAAGAACGGUGUUGGGGUGAACCAGCAUCAACACAGAGAGAUGGUAGCCGCCAGAACCGACGCUGAGAACAACCAAGCGGGACACAACCCACCCAAAAUCAUGGCGGUGUCAGGAAAACUGGAGCAGGCAAUGCAGAGAGACUCCGGCCUCGUUCGUCCGUCCGCCUUCAAACCGGUGGUUCCGAAGAGUUUCCACUCCAUGCAGAACCUGGUGGGCCAGGCGGGCGGGGCUGGGAGCGAGGGCAAGAGCGAGACGAGGGGCGAAGGCUUCGGUGAGGGAAGAGGCGGCAGGAGAGGCAGGGAUGGUGGAGGGGGAGAGUCGGGAGAGGUGCCGGAGGCCCUCCUCCUGGACCAGGAAAGCCCGGUGAGGGUCAGCAGAGGUGAGGGUGUGGGAAAUCCCAAUGAGGUGGUUCAGGGGGGUAUGUCCGACUCUGGCAGGAACUCUCUGACCAGCCUGCCCACCUACACGGCUUCGGGCUCUGGCUGUGGACCCCCGGCUGUAUUGGGGCCGCUGAGUGCUUCCACAAGCCACAUCAACAGGUUGGGCAUGGUUGGGGCGGCAGCGGGCUUGGACAAGUUAGAAAAGCCUGGCUACCAGAACGGGCUUUGUGCGUCAGACAGCGGUCGAUCUUCGUCGGGGAAGAGCUCCUCGUCCUAUCAGAGGCUGAGUCACAUGAGUGAUGCACCGGGACCAUUACGCCCCUCCCCUUCCUCGGAUGACAUCAUCCAGGACCUGGAGGACCGCUUGUGGGAGAAAGAGCAAGAGGUGCAGCACAUGCGCCGCAACUUGGACCAAAGUGAAGCCGCCAUCAUUCAGGUGUUUGAGGAGAAGCAGCGCGUGUGGGAGCGACAGAUGGAUGAGUUGAGACAGAACUAUGCCACGCGCCUGCAGCAGGUUACGCGGCGUGCACAGCGUUCGCAGACCGCCCUGCAGGCCCAGAUAACCCGUUUGUCCCAAGACAAGAGGAGGCUCCAGGAGGAGAUGGCUGCCCUGCUUGCCCAGCGAGAGGAGCUGGAGCGAAAGUGUCUGGAUUACAGGAAGGAGCAGGCUGACAUAUUACCACGUCUGGAGGAGACCAAGUGGGAGGUGUGUCAGAAGGCCGGCGAGAUCUCCCUGCUGAAGCAGCAGCUGAGGGAAAGCCAGGCAGAGGUAACGCAGCGGGCGGGGGAGAUGGUGGCUCUGAGGGGCCAGCUCAAAGAGCUCAAUGCCCAGCUGAGGGAGCAGGAGGAGGCCAUGCUCGGACUGAAGGAGUCCUACAGCACCAAAGGUCUGGAGCUGGAGAAGUGCGAGGCGGACCUGAGGAGGACUCUGUCGGAGGUGUCCAUCCUUCGAGAGAAGCUGGGUGUUUUCGAGGUAGAGGUGCUGAGUCUAAAACGAGCUCUGAAUGAAGUCAGCAGAGGAGCCGAGGUUGUCAUGAGCCCAAACUUAGCUGCUGCGGGCCUGUUGCCACCCUGGGGAAUGGUCCACUGUCCGCGAACGCCCGGCGAUCCGUCAACCAACUCCCUCCUCCCUACGGCCGACACGCUGCUGAGUCUUCAGAGUGACGAAGCCAAAGCCCAGAGGCAGGAGGCUCAGCGGCAACGCGAGGAAGCGCAGUGGCAACAGCAGCAGCGUCAGGAUGCCCACAUGCAGCAGGACAUGCAGAUGCGGCAGGACGCUCACCUCCGCCACGAAGCCCAACUCCGCCACGAGGCCCAGCUGCGCCACGAGGCCCAGCUCUGUCAGGAGGCCCAGCAGCGGCAGCAGGACGCUCACUGGGACGAGGCUGGCGAGCUGCGCAGACAGCUGGAGCAGCUGCAGGCCGCCCUGCGCCUCGAGCGGCAGCAACGCGAGCGCCAGGCCCUCAACUUCGACCAGGAGCGACACACCUGGCAGGACGAGAAGGAGCGGGUGUUGAAAUACCAGGCCCAGUUGCAGCUGAGCUACGUAGAGACCCUGCAGAAGAACCAGGCUUUGGAGAAACGGAUGAGCCAGCUGGGAAACAAACCCAGCACCGCAUGCACCGUCCCCACCACCACUGUCACCAACAGCUCCCCUUCCUCUUCAUCCAGUUCUCCACCUCCACAAUCCCUCUCAGCUCUCUCUCCUCAGCCACCACCAUCUAUCCCCGGUCCCAUCACCCUCACCCUUUCCCCGCCUUGCGAAGACCAAAAGGGUCCGCCAUCUCUCCACCAGCUUGCCCCUCCUUGGGCAGGACCCUCCCGCCUGGAGAGGAUAGAGUCCACUGAAAUUUAAGAAGAAAACAUGCAUGAAAACGCUCCCAAAAUUGCCCAACAAACACACUCACAAAAUACCACAUCACAUCGUACUGUAAGAGAAUUUCAGCUGACCAUAAUCAUAAAAACACCAAACACAAGCAGGUUGAUUAAAACAGAAAAUGUCCACACAAAGUUGCACACCACCUCCUGCAUUAUCAGAAGAAGAAGAAAAAAACUGUGCCACACUGCAGGACAACAAACUGACUUUGUUUAGGUGACAGCACUAACACAGCGGUCGUUUAUUUCAUGCCCGUGCCAGGGAAAAAAGGACCAAGACAAUCAGGGAUAUUGUCAGAAAUUACAAAAAGAGUAUUAUCAUUAUUAUUAUUAUGCGACAUUUAUUAUUCAUUGUAAGUCUGUGUCAGUCGUAUAACGUACAAGUAGAACUAGUGGUCAGAGUGUGUGACGUUAACCUGCAUUUUUGGCCAGAGAGCGCCUUACUCCAUCUUUUCCAGCAUGUGUAAGAAAAUAACUAUUGCUGGGAUCCAGAAAAAAAAAAUCAAGUGUGAAUAUAAUUUGCAGUGCUUUGACUAUAUAUAUUUAUCUAUAUAGGUCACCCACUUAUUCCACAUUAGGUGACAUCACGCUGUACUUUUCCCAUUGAAGUCGGUUUUCAUGACAUUUCAUGCACAACGUCCAACAUGCAUGAGUCAAACAUAUCCUCAAAUCCAACAGAGCUUAUAUUUUGUAAAAUAAUAAUAAUAAAUUAAUUAUAUGUUUAGAUGAUAAUCAACCCAAUCCAAAUAUUAUGAGAAGUUUUAAGUUUACCUUCACCUGCGGUGACUAAAAAUGAACCCUAGAGGUCGGUAUUGAUCUAUCACGGUGCUCCAAGAUGACUUUCUUUCCUCCUUAAACUGUAUAACGGUGGAAACAAAUGAAUGGAAGCACACCAACUCAAUUUGCUUAAUGUCAGGAAAUAAAUCCCAAAGUUAAAAACAAAUAAAAUAAUAUAGAAUUUAUGUUAUAGAAGAAAUAAAUACUUAUAGUUAUAGAUUGUACACGUGUGUGAAUGAAGAAGUGUGUGCGUGUGUGUGUGUGCGUGUGUGUGUGUGCGCGUGCCAGUUUAUAAAGACUGAUGAUAGAGGGACUAGUGGCAAUAUUGCAAGUACAAAUAUAUUAAGAAAGAAUUAUUUGAUUUUUGUUAAGUAGAGUAAAAUGGAGACGAAGAGAAGCGGGUGUUAGAUUUUGUGCAUCUGUUUAUCUGCAUCGUUUAUUCAGACUGAAUAGUGGGAGCGUUCAGCCUAACUGCACUACAUCAUGUCCAGUUGACAUGUACAUUAGACUCCAGUAUGAAUACCAUGGCUUUUAUAUGUGUUGUUCAUGCCGGCAUACAAGGAUGUUGCUCAAGAAUAUUAACGUAUCGCUAGGGAAUCACAUAGUAUUAUCAUCUUUAUUACUGUUAUUAUAAAUAUGGUAAAAUGACAAAGAAAAUGUGCCAUUGAGGUUUUUUUUUCCUUUUUUUUUUUUUACUCUGUAGAUAGCAUAUUGGCCUAUCAUAAUGGUGUAACCAUGACCACAUUGUUCCCCCAACACCCCGAAAAAGAGAAAAGAUGCUCCUUUUGAUGUAGGUGAUAAACGUAGUUACAGUAUUGCAUUGUUUAGAGAGCAAAAUGCUAUCAAUUUUAUACAUGUUUCAGGUUUAUUGUUUACAGAUAUGUUAUUAGUAUUGUUCUGGCUUGAUUAAAACCACAUCUUUGUUCAAAUCAGCUGACUGAAUAAAC